CUGUAUCCCUUCUAGUAACACCAAAGUGAAAGUAACGCUAACAUCCGGACCCUGUUAUUUUCUGGUAUUGAGUUGGUUUUUUCCCCUUCAUUUGAAAGCCGUCUGUUUGGUAGAAAGGUUUCCGGUAACAGAAAAUGGAGGCCAUGAACAGGUUGAUGACUGAUAUGCUUGAGGAACUUGUGGAGGCAGAGCUCAAACAGUUCACCAGGCAGCUGUGGAUGGGUGUGAAACCAGGCGUCGAUCCCAUUCCUCGUGGAAAGCUGGAGAAUAAGGACCGUCAGGAUGUGGUGGACUGUAUGGUGCAGCAUUACAGCAAGGAUGCUGGGAAAAUCGCUGUACAGGCUCUGCGCAGCAUCAAGCAGAACGAGCGUGCAGAUCGUCUCGAGUUGAAUCUGCGGAAAGAUGAUGACUUCUUAGGAGAAGUCCUCAAAAAACACAAGGAAAGCAUAAAGGCCAGUGUAGAUGUGUUUGAAGGCAAGAAAGACAACAAAACAGACAUCAACAAAGUGUACACCGAGCUGUUCAUUACUGAAGGGGACAUGACAGACGUCUGCAAAGAACACGAGGUUCAGAAGUUUGACCUAGCCUUGCAGAUGCCAAGAUCUGAGGACAAACCAAUCGACUGUAAUGAAAUAUUCAAUUUGUUGAGGGGGAAGGACAAGGGAAACGUUGUUCUGACCAAAGGCAUCGCCGGCAUUGGAAAGACGUUCUCUGUGAACAAGUUCAUCCUGGACUGGGCUGAAGGAAGAGCCAAUCUGGAUGUGGACUGUAUGUUUCUGCUUCCAUUUCGAGAGAUUAACUUGAUGAUAAAAGAUGGAGAUGUUAGUCUUCACAAGUUUCUGUUGAAACUUUUCCCUGACAUCACUGGCGUGGAAACGACACCGUUUUAUGAAAAAUGCAAACUGCUGUUCAUCUUUGAUGGGCUUGAUGAGAGUCGCCUGGAUUUGAACUUUAACCUUAGUUCAGUGGACGAUGUCCAUUCUUGCGCAUCCAUCGAUGGUUUAUUUACAAGCCUCAUCAAAGGAAGGCUGCUUCGCUCAUCUCUCAUCUGGGUGACCUCACGACCCGCAGCGGCCAAUCGGAUCCCUUCCUACCAUGUCGGGUUGUUCACUGAGGUGCGCGGAUUCACUGACAAGCAGAAGGAGGAGUACUUCAGAAAAAAGGUCCCAGAUGAAGAUCAAGCUUCCAGGAUAAUCUCCCACAUCCGGACGUCCCGCAGUCUCUACAUCAUGUGCCACAUUCCCGUGUUCUGCUGGAUCAUCGCCACCGUUCUUCAGGAUAUUCUCCAGAAGAACAAAGGGGAGGACAUUCCCUCCACCCUCACUGAGAUGUACAUCCACUUCCUGCUGAUACAGAUGAACAUCAAGAACCAGAAGUAUGAUGAAAAACUGAUACGGGAUCGAACAGAGCUGUUGGGUUCAAACAGAGACAUGAUUUCUAAGUUGGCCAAACUGGCGUUCGAACAGCUGAAGAAAGAGAACGUCAUGUUCUACCGGGAGGAUCUGGCAGCAUGCGGCAUUAACGCAGAUGAAGAGUUCACAGGACUGUGCACUGAGAUCUUCAAGAAAGACUCUGUCCUGCAUGAGCUGAAGGUGUAUUACUUCAUACACUUGAGUGUGCAGGAGUUCCUUGCUGCGCUGCAUGUGUUUCUUUGCUACUUGGAGCUGGAAAAAGACAUGAACUUGACAGAUAGUGACCUGAUGUUCUUCCUGGAGGAUUCACGUCCAAAACAGAAGGAGCUGUUGCACGUUCUGCUGAGGAAGGCGAUCGAUAAAGCGGAGAAGAGCGAUCGAGGGCAUUUUGAUCUCUUUCUGCGGUUCCUGCUGGGCAUUUCUCUCGAGUCCAAUCAGAAGCUACUUAUCGGCAUCCUGAACGAAACAAAGAACAGUAAACAAAGCAUCAGUAAAACCGUUCAGUACCUCAAGCAGUUGCAAAACAAUGACAAAUGCCCAGAUAAAUCUAUCAACCACUUCUUCUGCAUCCUGGAACUGCAGGACAGAACCCUGUACCAACAAAUCAUGAAAUAUCUGAGGUCAAAGACAAAUCGGCCAAAAGUCAUGUCCAGAUCAAACUGCUCAGCGCUGGUGUAUGUGCUUCUGAUGUCACAGGAAGUGCUGGACAAAUUCAACCCAAAGUUGUUCAACAAAACAUAUGCGGGAUGCAGGAUUCUCGUGCCAGCCGUGAGAUGCAGCCGCAAGGCCCUGUUUUCAGACUGUGGACUGACAGAAACAUGCUUUGAAACAGUGGCUUUGGCUCUACAGCUGGAGAACUGUCCUCUGGUUGAGCUGGACCUGAGCUACAACUACAGUCUGGAGGCGGCAGUGAACGUGAUGUGUGCUGGACUCAAGAGCCCACACUGUCACCUGGAGAGCCUCAGGUUGGCCGGGUGUCAUUUAGGGCAGGACAGCUGUAUGCAGGUGGUCUCUGCACUUCAGAGUAUCUCACAUCGUCUAAAAGAGCUCGACCUCAGCGGAAACGAUCUGCAGGACUCAGGACUCCAAAAGCUCCUACAAGGGAUGGAGAACACAGAGAAAAGACUUCAAGUCUUGAGGAAAGUAUUGAUGAUACUUAGGUUGAGCUGGUGUAACCUCACUGAAAUGAGUUGUCAGCAGCUUUCCACGAUUCUGAGCUCCAAUUCGGUCUUUAGAGAGCUGGACCUGAGUAACAAUGACCUGCAGGAUUCAGGAGUGAAGCUGCUCUCUGAUGGACUGAAGAGUCCAAACUGUAAACUAAAGAUACUGAGGUUGUCUGGCUGUAUGGUGACAGAGGAAGGCUGUGGUUUUCUAUCUUCAGCUCUGAGUUCAAACCCCUCACACCUGAGAGAGCUGGAUCUGAGCUACAAUCACCCAGGACAAUCAGGAGUCCAGCUGCUCCAACACACACUGGAGGAUCCACACUGUAAACUGAAGACACUCAAAACUGAUCCUAUGGGUGACCACUUGAUGAAACCCGGGAUAGUGAAGUAUGCAUUCAAUCUCACUCUGAAUCCAAACACAGCUCACGUUCAUCUGCUUCUCUCUGACGGAGACAGAAAGGUGACUCUAAAAGAGAAACAGCCGUAUCCUGAUGAUCCGGAGAGAUUUGAAGAGCAUCAUCAAGUGCUGUCCAGAGAGAGUCUGUCCGGACGCUGUUACUGGGAGACUGAAUGGACGGGUCAGGAAGGCACGGUCGGUGUGGCGUAUGAAAGCAUCCCGAGGAAACCUGAUGAUCUUUUGUAUGGCAGGUGCAUGCUUGGAAACAACAUCAUUUCAUGGAAGAUUACGUGUGGAAGUCGCACACAUGUUUCACACGCUGAAGAAGAUAUUACUGUGAAAUCUCCAUCCUCUGGCUCAUGUAAGAGAGUGGGUGUGUAUGUGGACACAACCGCUGGUGUUUUGUCCUUUUACCACGUCUUUGACACACUCACACACUUGUACACCUUCCUCAUGCCUUUCACACAGCCUCUCUAUGCAGCAUUCAGAGUGGACGGCGAAUCUGUGUCCAUCUGUCCGAUACCGUAAACAGAGGUUUUUAAAUCCGAAGUAGAGGAUGGUAUUUUUUUGGGAAUCGCACGGGUCACGGGAUUUCAGUGGGAUUGGAGUCAUCUUUGCUUUUAAUCAUGGGAUUGGGACAGUACAGGAUAAAAUAGUUUACGGGAGCAGAUGGGGAGCAGGAAUCAACCAAUAGGAAAAUGGCAACAUAAAAAAAUGCACUGCCAUUUUGUAGUUUCCUUUUCAUACGAAUACAAUCAACCCAAGCUCAUUCUGGAAACGUAGCCCCGCGGACGUUUCUGGAGAACGCGAUUUACGUGGCCAGAGGUACGUAAAGGCCGCGUUUGUUUUUUUUUGAGCGAACGCUGCGGGGCGGUGUGGUGCCGCUCCGCCCCUCCUGUUCGCGCUCGCCGGCCGACGGCUCGCCUCCGAGUGGAGGGCUUUCCCGAUGCAAUCAGUUUGUCCGCUUAGCUCACAGCGUUGCGUCGGCGGAGCGGAGGCCCCGGAGGAGGAGCCGGAGCCGGAGCCGGCCACGGUGGACGACGACCGGGAUCAAGGCCGGGGAACAGCAGGUUUCGGAAAUCAGGUAAGACGAAAAACGGAAUCCGAAAAAUAAGGGCGAGAACGUGGCGGGAUCCGAAAACGCGGUCGAAAUCGAAGACGAGGGCUUUUGCUUUUUUUUUUCCGAUCCGGCGGCUUUUCGCGUGAGAACGGCGCGAGCGCGAACGCGCGCGCUCCCGAGAGGCGCCCGAGACGCGAAAAAGCACGCACAGCGGCCUCUCGCGGAUCCGCGAAAACAAUAAACGCUCCAAUAUGUACCUCCCGGGACGUAAAUCGCGGUCCGCAGAAACGUCCGCGGGGCUACGUUUCCACAAUGAGCCCGGGUUGAAAACAAUGCAACGCAAUUUAAAACUAACUGCACAAUCGCUUGCUAACACCCGCGGAGAAAUUGAUGUGGUGAAAAAAUUCUUUGCAGAGGUCAUGACAUUAACAGAACUAGUCAGGAUGGAAAUAUUAAUGAAGUUCAUGAGAGUAAACUGCGAUGAUGAUAGUACGCCCCGUAUGCUGCUUGUAAAACAUGCUUAAUCUUAGUCAAGUACACCAGUUGAUUCUGGGACGAGCAAUCUGAAAAGGCACACUUGUUAAGUCUCGUCUGACCGACAAAAUUGCUCACAACCAUCACAGGUUCAGUGUUUUCACCCUAAGUAAAUUAAAUUUAAUGAAUCGAAUUGAGGUGACGCAGUGGCGCAGUAGGUAGCACUGUCGCCUUGCCGCAGAAAGGUCGCUGGUUCGAGCCUCGGCUGGGUCAGUUGGCGUUUCUGUGUGGAGUUUGCAUGUUCUCCCUGCAUUUGCAUGGGUUUCCUCCGGGUGCUCCAGUUUCCCCACAAUCCAAAAACAUGCGGUAGAGGUGAAUUGGGUAGGCUAAGGGUGCUUUCACAGUUGGUUUUAUUGCCUGGAUCGUACCCAAGUUUGAUUGUCCUCCCUUGCCACCUUCUGCCACCCAGGCUCAUUCCGAAAAUGUAGCCCCGCGGAUGUUUCUAGAGACUGCAAUUUAAGUGGCCGGAGGUACGUGUGGCCGAAUUUUGUUUUUUUUCGAGCGAACGCUGUGGGGCAGUGUAACGCCGGCUGUGAUGGCUCGCCUCUGUGUGGAGGGCUUUCCCGCCGCAACCAGUUUGUCCGUUUAGCUCGCAAUGUUACCUCGGAGGGGCGGAGGCCUAGAGGAGGAGGAGCUGCCGGCCGCGGCAAGGACGACUGGGAUCGAGUUCGGGGAAGAGCGGUUCCAGAAUUCAGGUAAGAUGAAAAACAGAAUCCAAAAAAUAAAAACGAAUGAGUUCAGGACAGGGCGAGAAUGCGGCGAAACCCGAAAAGGCGGUCAAAAUCGGAUGAGGGCUUUUGCUUUUUUUUUUUUGCUUUUGUAAAUCAACGUUUGGGACAGACGGUCGCUCGACAGUGGCCUCUGGAGGCUUUUCGCGUGAGAACAGCGUGGGCGCGAACGGAGCGUGCUCCCAAGAGGCGUUUGAGACUUGAAAAAGCGCACACAGCGGCCUCUCGCGGAUUCGCGAAAACAAAAACUGCACAAAUUCGUACCUCCCGGGACAUAUUUUGUGGCCUCUAGAAACAUCUGCUGGGCUAUGUUUCCACGAUGAGCCUGGGUUGAUCUUCUCGGUUGGCUUGUGUUCACACUGUCUUUUUUCCUUCUGAACCCUGGCCCGCUUGCGUUAUCGAGCUGCCAUUCUGUUUAUAGCUUGCUAGGUGACGGUCAUGAAAGCAAAGCGCCAAAAUGGAAAGACGCCCACAUAUCACGGUCGUCCUGCUUUUACUGAAUCUUUUGGAUUUGGUCAUACAGAAAGCGACUUACGUCCACGUUCAGAACAUCACACAGUGUCUGCAAAAGCUGUUUUUGAAGGAGACAAGUAGAAAUUAUUACUGUGUUUGCCCUGGCUCAAUCAUGCUUGUCACCAAGGUACGAUUCCUGACACACACACAUACAGACACACACACACAAAUGAACAUAAUGAAAACUAUAGUUUGUUGUACAGUCGGUGGUUCACUUCCGUUAUUUGGUACGAUACGAUACCAGAGUUUACAUGAACCAUACCCCAGACCACCUCUUUCAGGCGGACUCGAGUGCGGUUUGUGGGUGCACACCCGAGUUCAGAAGACACUAGCUAAACGUACUGCACUAUGACAUCGAACGAUCCUGGGUGCGGACCAAAAGUGCUAGUGUGAAAGCACCCGAAAUUGCCCGUAGUGUCUGAGUGUGUAUGGCUGUUUCCCAGUGAUGGGUUGCAGCUGGAAGGACAUCCGCUGCGUAAAACGUGCUGGAUAAGUUGGUGGUUCAUUCCGCUAUGGCGACCCCGGAUUAAAUUGAAACUAGAAGAAUGAUUGUUUGCAUGUGUGGUGGUGAGGAAUGAGGACUAGAAUAUUUGCUGUUCAUUUUUCAUGUCAACUUUCUCUAUAAAACCAGAAUCAUACUGACUAUUUUCAUAUAUUGAGGAUGCAUAUAAUGCAUACAGCCACAUGUUUUAAUUUGAAUCAAAUAAGCAGAUACAAACAUUGUGUGUGUGUGUGUGUGUGUGUGUGUGUGUGUGUGUGUAUACAUCUUUUGUUUCUGCUUAUUUGCUUAUUUUUUAUUUUUCAAAGGGUGUCAAUAUUUAUUCGAUGUUUAAAUUGUGCAUGCUGCAUUUCUCUCUUUCAUUAUGUGCAUAUUGGAUGAAAAUUGUUAACAUGUUAAUUAAAAAACAAAACUUUUCAAUAAAUGAGUAAAAUGCA